GGGACGAGUAGUAAAGGUUCGCGUGAACCUGUGGGAGCUGACACAGAAGCUAAGUCCUAAGCAUUGUGGGAUCUGUUGUGGAUUACAUGUAAGUGUAUCAUUGAGGUCGACUACCCGUGGUCCUGAUAUAUGUUUGUGAUCUGCAAGAGCAACACCAAGCUUUUUUUCUGGAACAAGAAACAGAAGAAAGAAACCGAGGAAGAAGGAAAUCUCUCAGACAGACCCCAACCCCCAGCACAGAGAUACAGAUCACUGUCACAGUUCUUCCAGAGAGCCAAAGAUCUCCAGCCUUCUUCAAUGGGUUGUUUUAGAGGUCACUUUUGCCUAUUUCUGGAGUCCUUGCAAGUGGAAAAGAUGUCUUCCCAAGUCAGACUGAAGCUGUUGCCAAGAGCCAGGUGUCUGUUUGACGAACCCAUUAAGGUGAAGGUGGAAGGGUUGAGGUCCAGACAGGUGGUCACCAUGAGAGCCAGAUUAACUGACGAGAAGGGAGUGGUCUUCAGCUCCUCAGCUACCUACAGGGCUGAUGGCAGUGGGGAGGUCGACCUGAACAGAGAUCCCUCACUUGGUGGGACAUACGUUGGAGUAGAACCUAUGGGUCUCCUGUGGUCCAUGAGGCCAGACACCAUGCACAAAAGGUUUCAAAAGACAAAGUCUCUGGAGCCCCAGUUGGUGAAGUUUUCUGUGUAUGAGGAGGAAGGCAGGAUACUGGCAGAAGAGACAAAUGAGAGGCUUCUGAUUGGAGAUGGGGUCAGUGGGUCCCUGUCAAAGAGGGGAACAUUAGUGGAGUCCUGUUCACACCUCCAGGGCCUGGCCCACGUAGACCGAGAAGGUCUGUUUCCUGCUGUCUUGGAUAUGCCUACAUUGAGAUCUGAGACAAGAGCCAGUCUACUGGCUAACAAAGGCUUUGUCGUCCUCUCUAUGCGUGCGGCCGAAGCCAUAUUUCAAAAUAUGCAAAAGAUUCAUCUGGACCACUUUAAGGAAGCAAUGGAUUUCUUAAAACAGCAACCUAAGGUGGGCAGUAAAGGAGUUGGCAUAGUAGGAAGAUCAAAGGGAGCAGACCUUGCACUCUCACUUGCUACUUUUGUGCCAGGUGUCGAGGCUGCAGUAUGCAUCAACGGCAACAGUGCCAAUGUGGGCGUUCCUCUCUAUCACAAGAAACAGAAGAUUCUCUCACCAUUAAUGUAUGACUUAAGUAAGUUGAUUCCCACUGAGUCAGGUGCCAGCAUUGGAAAGUAUAUUUGUGAAGACCCACUAGCAGAGAAGACAAGGGCAGCCUCAUCCCCACUGAACGAGCAAAGGCUCAUUUCCUCUUUGUGGCUGGAGAGGAUGACCUCUGGUGGGACAGCAAGGCCUACAUGGACCAGAUGGUGGAGACUGAAGCGUCAUGGAAAGGAGAACUUUGAGAGUGUGUCUUACCGUGGAGCUGGACACUUGCUGGAGCCACCUUAUGAACCCUUCUGCCCUUCUUCUGCACACGGAAUUCUUAGGUAUUUAUCCUCGUGGGGAGGUCAACCCAAGGCACAUACAGCAGCUGAGGUCCAACUGUGGAAGAAGAUCCAGGAGUUCUUCAGAACUCACCUGAGUUGUGAUCCUGCACAGACAAAAGCCAAGUUAUAAAAGAAAAUGAUAAUUAUAAAGACUGAGUAACAGAAAAAUGAAUAACAUCAAAUUAAUUUACGACAACUUGUUAAAAAUGUGUAAUUUGUA